UUAAAACCCACUGGGAGGGAAAUAAUUUCCCGAGUAUUAUCUAUUUUAAUGCUAGAAGUUGUGUAUUUUUUGAUAUAUGUGAAGAGAAAAUAGGUUGUGAGUGUCUGAGAAAUGUUUGUUUGGGUUUGGAGCUCCUCGAAAGUUUUUGUUAGAAGUGGAAGCCUCAGCUGCUUGUAAUUACUUAUAUUAGCGCUGGUAGGUGCCCAGGUGGAUGCCAUAACCCCCCAGCACCAGUGCCAGGAGAGGAUGCAGGUGUAAAUCAGUGCCAUAAUGCCUAAAGUCAAGUCAGGAAGGAUGUACGGAAGCUGCUUCCCAGACUACGAGCUGAGGAGGAGGGAAGCUGGGCUGAGAGCCACCCUAGGCUGGGAGAGUGCUAUCAGAAGGUCAUUAUAUUCCUCUAUGAUACCCUGCACCUCCUGGGACCCCAGGGAGAAUGACCCCAAGACUGGGUUCAUAGGUCACGGGGGAGUCUUCAACCUUGAGUUCUCUCCUGAUGGGAGUCACUUGGUUGCUGCAUGUGAACAGCGAGCCGUCAUGGUCUUUGAUCCUUUGUCAAGACGACAGAUUCAUCAUAUACCACAUGCUCAUGAUAAUUGUGUCAAUUGCAUCAAAUUCCUAGAUUCGCGUGUGUUUGCUUCGUGCAGUGACGACCACACAGUAGCACUGUGGGAUGUUCGCAAUCUCAAGAGGCGUAUCCGGCUUCUACAAGGUCACAGCAAUUGGGUCAAGAACAUUGAGUAUUCAGCUGCUGAUGGAAUCCUGGUCACUUCGGGCUUUGAUGGCAAGAUCCUUGGAUGGGAUAUUAAUGGGUACACAGAGGAAGGCUUGCUAUCAACAGAGCUGUUCAAAAUGCAAGGGUUGAUGCGAAUGCGGCUUAGCCCCGACUGCAGUAAAUUAGUAAUGUGCACCACAGGUGGCUACAUGGUACUGGUUCACAAUCUGAGUCUGGAACAUCUCUCACAAGACCUUCAGGAUUUUAAGCCCAACAUGUACCGUUUGAUGCAGCUGUCCAACACUCCACUCCCUCAAGCUGCAAUGUUCACACACCUCUUUUGUGCUCAGCGGAACCGAAUUGAAUUCAUCUCUGAUUUUCCGCCUUCCAAUGAGGCAGAAGUAAUCCAUUCUUUGCAAGUUCAUCCUCAGGGUUGGUGUGUCCUCUCUCGUAACACAUCAAUGGAAGACUCUUCAGAGGUGGGUCACCCAAGUUUCCACUUGUUUGUGUAUCACUUGUCAAGAAGUUUAUACCAUGAUUGGGAUAUGCUCCGCAGAGUAAUUUUAGUAGUUUUGCCAUAAUUAUUGCACUUGCAUAUUUUAUAAGAGAAUGCAGACUUGAAACAAAAGUUUGAUAGGAUUUCACUUUAUAAUUAUCCAAGUUUGCAGGUACUGAGCUCAUAAACUCUUGGUUUCAUAGAUUUCAACCAUGUGACUUAAAGCAGCCUUGUGAUAUGUUUUUGAGCCCUUGUAUGGAGUUGCCUUCCACCGUGCUGUUAUUGAGCUCAUUCCACUUUAUCACUCUUGUGUUGAGGAAAUGUUUUCAUAUUAAUGGCUCCUGCACUACAAAGGAGGGGCGAGGGUGUUGCAGUUCAGAGGGUCAUCUGAAGUGUGGCAUCAGCAUGAUUUUGGCAAGACAGUGAUUGAAUGAAUAAUGGUGAAUGUGUUUCUUCUUUUUCUUUUCUUUGGUGGGGGGGUCAUAUUACCCUAGUGGGAGAAGGCUGGUGUGUUAAUUUUAAAAAUUGGAUGUGUAAUUUCCAACAAUGCCCUUCUUUUCUUGUUUUAUUCCUAGUAAAGAUUUUUGUCUUAAUCUACAUUCUGUGCCCAUAGAUAUUUCAUAAGUCACUUAUCCUCUCUUGUUCAUCAUUCCUCUAGUGAUAUAAAAACUAGUAGUACUUGCAAUCUUUCUU